UUCGCGCCGUAGAUAAACACUCCGCGAGGUACGUCGAGAGAGAGAGAGACCCGUCGUGAAUAUAUCGACGUAAAAAUUUACAGAAAUAUCGUAAGGACUGGAUUCUUUCAUAAAAAGCGUUUUACGAGUGCUAUCGAUCGAUCGAGACAUUCUGCGGUGACGUGUCAUAAUUUGAAUCUACGAUGAAACCGCUCAAGAUAACAAGUUGAGUUAACUUACACAAUUCGUGGGACUAAUAUAACUCGCGUCGGAAACGCUAUAAAAAUGGCUAGCGACGGACACAGUAAAAACAUCUUUACAUACGACACGCUGGUGCACGCGAUAUCCGGUGCAGCGGGUAGCGUCGUCGCAAUGGCGGUCUUUUAUCCCUUAGAUACCGUGCGAAGCCGUUUACAAUUGGAAGAAGGACGCCAAUCGAAAAGCACGUUAGCUACCAUACGAGAACUCAUUGCGAAAGAAGGACCGUAUACAUUGUAUAGAGGUAUCAUCCCUGUUCUGCAGAGUCUAUGUGCGAGUAAUUUCGUUUACUUCUAUACAUUCCACGGAUUAAAAGAAUUGAAAAGUAGAAGGAAUCAAACGGCUGGCAGCGAUUUGCUCAUCGCAUCGAUUGCUGGUGUUAUCAAUGUUCUUACCACGACACCCUUGUGGGUCGUAAACACAAGAUUGAAGAUGAAGGGCAUUGGACUUGCUCCAGAAAGAAAUAACAACGAGUAUACUACUCUAUGCGAUGGUCUUGUCCAUAUAUGCAAGUACGAAGGCUUGAGAAAGUUGUGGGCGGGAACAAUACCAAGUCUUAUGCUCGUUGCGAAUCCGGCCAUUCAAUUUAUGACAUAUGAGAGUAUCAAAAGAAGGAUCAAUAUAUCUCUUGGCGGAGCUCAACCACCGGCAUGGGCUUUCUUCGUUAUGGGCGCGAUAGCGAAAACGAUUGCCACAGUGAUAACGUAUCCAUUGCAGCUUGUACAAACAAAAUUGAGGCAUGGAGAUAAAUAUCCUAAUCUGCCUCCAGAUGCAGGCACAUUGCAACUACUAAUUUACAUUUUAAAAAAACAAGGAAUAAGUGGCUUAUAUAAAGGGAUGGAGGCCAAACUUUUGCAGACUGUCUUCACAGCUGCUCUGAUGUUCCUAACUUACGAGAAAAUCGCACGAUUUGUUUUCCGAAUACUUUUGCACAAACCUCUUCUUAGAUAACGAUUUAUUUCUAGUAAUAUAUUAUUAAGAAACAAACUUAAAUCUCAAACUUAAAUGAAUCUUAAAAUUAAAUUUUAUACAUUCCCACAUAUGUUAUCUCCUGCCUAUAAUUUUUUAUGGAUAUAUGUAAUAAGUUUCCAUUAACUAUUCAUUACAAUACAGUGAUUAAUUGCGACAA